UGCUGGGGUGAGGCUUCUGGUUGUAGUUUGAUGCUGUGGACUGAAGAGACUUGAAGAUGCAGAGAACUCUGCUUUGCCUUUUUCUUCUGCUUGGAGCUGCAGCAGGCAGCGGGUCGAAGUGUCAGGAUUUCAGAAGAAGAGCGCCGGGGGCUCUCUGGAUGAGCGUGUUGGGGUUCAGUGCUGGACGGGGCCCCUGUGGGGUCCCUCUCAAUGUAUCGGGGUCCCUGUCUGGGUACCCCUGGAACCCGUGGCUGCCUGUCGUCGUGAUUCUCCACGGACGCCGCCCCCCCAAAGUCAGACCCCGCUGGGUGGGGGUCAUGGCCCAAGAGCUGCUCUCCGCACACCAGCUCAAUGUCCUGGCCAUCGACUGGCUAGCUCCUGGCAACCAAAACCUGCUCACAGCAGCCACGCAGGCAGGCAAGCUGCUGGCAGGGCUGCUGCGCUCCCUACUGGCUAAAGGCUUCAGUGCUACAUCUCUGCAUCUGAUUGGCUUCGGCACAGGGGCUCACAUCGCAGGAAUCGCGGGGUUCCGUCUUCGAGGCUCUAUCGGCAGAAUUACAGGUUUGGACCCCUUCGGCCCGUCUUUCCUCCACACGGGUCCCAGGACACGGCUGGACUACACUGACGCUCAGUUUGUGGACGUGGUCCACACCAAUUACAGAGCUAAUGAACCCAUAGCAGCUCUGGGGCUGCGUCCGCCCAUGGGGCACGUGGAUUUCUACGUGGGGAAAGGCUACCAGCUGCCCGGCUGCCCCAAGUCGCUGCUGGACAGGGAGCGCUAUGUCCUGUGCAGCCACCAGAAAGCCUACCAGCUCUUCACCAGCUCCAUCCGCGCUGGCUGUCCUCUGACUGCGUUCCCCUGCUGCUCGCUGCGCUCCUUCACUAGGGGGCACUGCACACGGUGCCAUCGACCAGGGCUGAGGAGCUGCCCAGAGCUGGGCUAUAACACCUCCUGGCUGACAGCAGACAGGCCAGUCCCAUUCAAGAAGCUCACCGCCUUUCUGGACAUUACCAGCUCCCCUCCGCACUGUGUCACAUACUUCCUGCUGGAGCUGCAGAUCGGGGGCACGCGUUCGCUGCGGUGCUUGCUGUUUGUCAAGCUGAAGGGGAGAGGAGUGGAGACCUCGGCCCUGCGUCUCUCCCACUCUGCAGUGACUCUUACCCCCGGGAAGGUGUACCAGUUCCUGGUGCCGGCGGACAGGGACGGAGAGUUCAACAGCCUCCUGCUGGAGCUCUACACGAGUCGCUUCCUGCAUCUGGAGUGGAGGAGGAGGAGGGUGCACAUCGAUGGGCUCACUCUCACACGACUGCCCAGAGACAACGGGACUGUCUACUUUGCAAACGACAUUGAAGCUGCAGAGGGGCGCACAGAACACAUCCCCCUAACGAAGGAAGAGGAGCUCUCUACGAUACUGUCGAGCUAGGCAGGGGCAGGCAUGAGUGGAGGACGAAGACAACUGGCGAGAUCCAGCAUAAAACAACAGAUUUCAAACCAUUUCCUGCUUUUCCCUUCCUAUAUGAAUUGCGGCCGGAUGUUUUACACUCACUGUCCGUUACCUGAUUGCAAUAAACUGCUGUACAAGCGCAGUGCGUUCAUGUUGUUUCUCGCUCUUGUUUGUAAUACAAUGCGAUGCCUGCAAGGACAGUGUCCAUCCUGCCUUGGCGGUUUAUUUUCACAAACAGCAUUGAUAACGAAGGGAUUAAAACACAUGUUCACUUCUUGGCAUUGCUAUAUUACCACCGCACCCCACUCUGUUGUGAUCGAGACCUCUUUGUCCUGAAUUAACUAUUUAACAUAUACCAGUCACAGUAACACCAGCUCUGUUGUGAACUUAUACUAGCUAUGAAAACAAAUCUAUUAAAAUACGCAGUCAAAGACAGAAGGGGGUCUAUUUCAAUUAUUUAAACAGAUACGGCUGUUGAUAAUAUCGGCUUCCUA